UCUUGGAUAAGUGAUCAAUGGCACCCAUGAGUCUCCCUCCUGGAUUUAGGUUCCAUCCAACAGAUGAAGAGCUUGUUGCUUACUAUUUGGACAGGAAAAUCAGCGGUCACUCCAUUGAGCUUGAGAUCAUUCCAGAAGUUGAUCUCUACAAGUGUGAACCAUGGGAUUUACCAGAGAAGUCAUUUUUGCCAAGUAAGGAUAUGGAGUGGUACUUCUACAGUCCAAGAGAUAGAAAGUACCCAAAUGGGUCAAGAACAAAUAGGGCAACAAGAGCUGGUUAUUGGAAGGCAACAGGGAAAGACAGGGCUGUGCAAUCAAGGAAGAGAGCAGUUGGGAUGAAGAAGACAUUGGUUUAUUAUACGGGUAGGGCUCCCCAUGGCUGCAGAACUAAUUGGAUCAUGCAUGAGUAUCGAUUGAUUCACUCCUUGUGUCCUCCCGAUCCUUUUGCAUCUAAUAAUGCAUCAACUUUGAAGGAUUCUUACGCGCUAUGUCGAAUCUUCAAGAAAUCAAUAGAAAUUCCGAAAAGAAAAGAAGAUAAAGUUGAAGAUGAUCACUCCAGCGGGAUAAUAAUUAAUCGUAGCAGAGAAGUUGAAGAUGAUGAGAAUAUGAAUAACAAUGAUAAUUCGUUGAAAUUCAUCCCUAAUUCAGAUACAUCUUCUUCGGAUCUCACUCAAGGAACACCAGCUGACGAUUUACAAGCUCCGUUUGCCGGCUCCGAUGAAGCUAACAGUUCUGCUAAGUACAUCUACUCUUUCAAUAAUCACGUGGAAGCUCACUUGAUCUCUUCAUCAUCAACUUUAUUUCAGGACAUGGAUAUGCCAAGCUCUUGGAGCAUGCAUUGCCAACAACCUUAUUAUCCUCCCUUAGAAGUGGAAGAUUUCCCGCAAAUAAACAUAAUUACAGAGACUAUACCAUCAAAGACGACGAAUGAUGAUCAUCAAAGGAUUUACGACGAAUACAAGGAUUGCAUGAAUGGAACCUUAGAAGAGAUUUUGUCUUUGUGUUCUUCUCAACCAACUUCACUACUCCCCAUGCAACGCUACUAAAGUCUAAAGCUAGCUAGCUAGGGAGAUUACUUCUCUUCAAGUGCCAGAUUGGAUACACUAAUUAAUGGUUUUUUGCUCUCAUUUUUUUUUUUGGAAUUUCAUAUUAAAAUUACAGAACAAAUUAAUUGAUCGAUAUACACAAAGGUUAGAGUAGAAGGGUUUUUUUAAUCAUUUUAUUGUUGGAGAAUUGUUGGGUAAUUUUCGGUUGCAAAAGUAUUGGA